CCUCCCGAAUUUAAACGCGAAGCAACAGACGUCAGACAGCACAGCACAACGCAGCAGCGUACUACUCCGUCCCUACUCCCCUCCCACCCCGGUCCUUCCCGAGAGGCACUACUAGGCCACGACCCCUCACGCCUCUCCUACGCGAAUCGCCCGCACCGGAAGCGAAGCAAGCCGCAAGGGGAGAACGCGAGCAGCCAGGGGCAUGGACUCCAAGCCGGCCUCGAAGAAGUGGCAGGCAGGAGGAGGCGUGCGCGGGGCCGGCGUGUCCCCGGCGGCGCCCCCCGCGGACGCCGCCGGCAGCGGCGCGGCGAUGGCGGAGUGCGCGGCGGCGUGCUGCGUGCUCUGCGCGUGCCUCCCCGUGGCCGUGCUCUGCUGCGUGGCGCGCGCCCCGCUCCGCGUCGCGCGGCGGUGCUGCGGCAGGUGGACGCGGCGGCGGCUCGCGCCGGGGGUCUCGUCGUCGUUCUCGGACGCCGAGGUCGGGGAGUUCCUGCAGGGCGGUGCCGGCGGGCGGGCAAUGGGGGCAGCAGCCCUCGGCGCGGUCGGAGGAGGUAGCGCCAAGUUAGCCAGUUACUGACACUUUUCAUCAUCUUCUCUCUGUUUUUUUUUCUCCUCUGCGAUUUUGUGGGCUGUGUGUAACACUCACUGAUACGGCUUCGAAGUGGACUGAGGUCUUGUGAAGUAUCAAUUCCGUUGCAGCUGGUCAAUGUAACGUAGUACUUAUCGUGCAUUCAAUUUUCAUCGCUAAAGAUAAACAUGCGUGUUUACUGGCACAA